UUUAUCAAGUCACCUGCUUCAUAAUUUAUCUUUUAUAAAUCAAAGUUAUCACUUCACUUGCUUCAUAUUUCAUAUCAAUUUCUUUUAUAAUGGAUCCUGAUGAUAUCAUAGCAUAUUUGGUUCAAGAAGAAGUGGAGGAAGAGGAUGAAAUGAAUAUUGCUCUGGCUUCAUUUUCGGAACUCAUUCGCAGAAGUAGUUCGAGGGUAGUUCGUCAUGGAGGAUCAGUGUUCAACCACCGUAUGAUUCGCCGUAAUAGAGAUUUAGGUAAUCAACUUAUCUAUCGUGAUUAUUUCAGUGAUAAUCCUACAUAUCCGGAUUAUAUUUUUCGUAGGAGAUUUCGUAUGAGAAGAUCAUUAUUUGUUCGAAUUCAAGCUGCGAUUGAGUCACAUGAUCCCUACUUCGUGCAAAGAUAUAAUGCAGCAGGAAUUCUUGGUCUAUCAUCACUCCAAAAGAUAACUGCAGCAUUAAGAAUUAUUGCAUAUGGAGUCCCUGCAGAUGCAAUUGAUGACUAUAUUCGAAUUGGUGAAAGCACCGCAAUUGAAAGUUUAAAAAAAUUUGUCACAGCAAUUGUGCAGAUUUUUGGUGAGCAGUACUUAAGAAAGCCAAAUAGUGCUGAUAUUAAUAGAUUGAUGGAGGUUGCUAAGCAGCGUGGUUUUCCGGGGAUGCUAGGCAGCAUAGAUUGUAUGCAUUGGAGAUGGAAAAACUGCCCUACAGCAGCGUGCUUUCCUCCCAAUUGGCCUUUCAAAGGCUGAGUUUCCUAACAUUUCACAAUCCGGAGUUGAGGGAGAAGAAACUUUUGGACUGUCCUUUUGGAAAAUUUUUGCUUUCUUUGUACCAAACUCAAUAUUCCAUUUAGGCAAA